GCCGUGCCGUCUCGUCUCGCCUCCCUGUCCCAUCCGGGUUCCUCCUCCCCUUCCUCUCUUCUCCUCCCACCUCACCCCACCAUCUCCAGCUCCCUCCCUACCCAGCUCUCCACCAACCGACGCGGCAGGGCGAUGAACACGUCUCAGUUCAUGGACAAGCAGAUCCUCGGCCUCGCGGCCUCUGCCGCCCCCUCCGGCGGAGUCGCGGGGGGCGGCGGGAGUGUGGAUCUCAGCGAUCUGAUGAUCCCGACCCCCCAGGAGGACGGCGAGGACCGCCUCCGCCGCCGGCGUAGCAUCAGCAGCGCCAACGGGAUCGCCGACGACGUGCUUCCCAGCUACGAUUUCCAGCCCAUCCGCACCACUGCCGCCGCCCCCGCUCCCCAGGCCUCGUGGGGAUCGCUCGACUCCAAGGCACCCUCCGCCUCAUACAAUCUCAAGAGUGCUGGUAUACUGGAGCCACAUGUGCUGAAGAAAGUUAGUCAUGAGGAGGACAGGAGUAACUUAGCCACAGUUACAAUAGCAGAUAUUGAUCGAACCAUGAAGAAGUAUUCUGAUAAUCUUUUGCAUGCACUGGAAGGUGUAAGCUCAAGGCUUUCACAGAUGGAGAGCAGAACACACCACCUUGAAACUUCUGUUGAUGAUUUGAAGUUAACAAUUGGUAACUAUAAUGGCAGCACUGAUGGAAAACUCAGGCACCUUGAGAACAUGCUCAGGGAGGUUCAAGCAGGUGUGCAGAUUUUGCGAGACAAGCAGGAAAUUGUGGAGACACAGCUCCAGCUUGCAAAGUUCCAGACACCCCAAACUGAUACCCAGUCAUCAGAAAAUAGUGGGUCUGGACAGGUUGGCUCGCAGCAGCAGCCAGCGGCUCCCCCGCAAGUAGCUAUUCAGCCACAGCAUCAAGUCCUGACCCCUUCACAACCACCAGCACUUCCCGCACUUCCUGCUCCAAAUGCACCGCCUCCACCUCCAACGCUCCAAAGCCAAACUCCAUCACAGUUUCCAAGCCAUUUACAGCAUCCACAGGUACCAUCAGUCCCGACUGUUGCAUCAGUUCCCUCAGUCCCAGCGUUACCAAGGGAUGCUUACUACGCUCCAUCUGCUCAGCCGAAUGAAACCAUGCAUCAGCAGUAUCAAGCGCCGCCAGUUCCGCAGCCACAGGCGCCGCCAGCACCACCUCAGCAGUACCAAACUCCAUCCCAGUUUCCUCAGUAUUCACAGCCACCUCAGGCUUCAAAUGUUAACCCUUCAACUCCCCUUGCACCUCCUGCACCCCAGCAACCAGAGGAAACUAUACCCUACGCACCCCCUCAGAACUAUCCACUGAAUGUACGCCCUCCUUCACCUUAUAUGCAACCGCCUAGUGGACCUGCUCCUCCUUACUAUGGGCAACAAAACCCUAGCAUGUAUGAACCGCCUGCAAGCCGUCCUAACCCUGGGCCACCAUCAUCUUAUGGUUCUGGUGGGUACGGGCCACAGGGUGGAAGUGGUUUCUCUGAAUCAUACGGCUACACUGGGUCUCCUUCCCACCGUGGCAAUGCUGGAAUGAAGCCGUCCUCACCUUUUGCUCCAUCCUCAGGGGGAAGUGGCAACUAUGGCAGUGGCAGGCUCCCCACGGCUCAGAUCCUACCACAGGCGGUGCCGAUCAGCUCCUCCAGCCCAAGUGGCUCUUCAGGCAACAGGGUGCCACUUGACGACGUAGUGGAGAAGGUCGCUACAAUGGGAUUCUCAAGAGAGCAGGUGAGGGCGACCGUGCGGAGGCUGACGGAGAACGGGCAGAAUGUGGACCUGAAUGUGGUGCUUGACAAGCUGAUGAACGGGCGAUAAGCGGGGGAGAUGUGCGGCGGCUGCAGAAAUAUUCUCGUUCCCUGCAGUAUGUGUAUAGUACCGAAAGUGUCAUCUGAACCGGUUUUUCCUGUCUGCGGCCCUGUAAUUCUGAUUGGUGAUCAUCAUGGUUGCUGCUGGGGGGUUUGCGUCCUCGCCUCAGCCCUCGGCUGCUUUGCUCAAUUGCUCCAUCUGAAACGGAAACAUCUACAGCCUACAGGUGUGCCUGCCUGCCAGGCAGUGAAUGACAGCGUUACAAUCUGGAUACGGUGUUCAUUUUCUGUAUAUGUGAUGGUGAUAUUUUAAAAACAUAUACCGUGGUUUCUCGUGACCUGUUAAUAAACAGUUUUUUACUGUGUGUUCUUGA